CAGGGAGAAGGCGUACACUUCCUCGUAACAUUUCCUCCGCCAUCUCCGCUUUCAAGCCUCCAAGGUUUGAGGAUUAUUUGCUCCGAGAGAAGAUAUUUUUGUGUUUUCUAUUUAAUCUUCUUGCUUUUGUUUUAAAAGACUAAACAAAGGGGUAUUCCUCCCUUUCCCAAAGACAGCGGAACUCCUGCAGACAUGGACUGGGGAACAGAUCUCUGGGACCAGUAUGAUGUCAUCGACAAGCACACGCAAUCCGGCCUCGACCUGGUGGACCGCUACAUAAAGUUUGUGAAGGAGCGGACAGAGGUAGAGCAGAACUACGCCAAGCAGCUCAGGAAUCUGUCAAAGAAGUACGCCAAACGAGGAAGUAAAGAUGAGCAGGACUGCAAAUUUAGCAAUCAUGCAUCAUUCCAGGAGAUCCUGAACGAGCUGAAUGAUUACGCCGGGCAACGGGAACUCAUCGCUGAAAACAUGACUACUAGCAUCUGUGUUGAACUCACCAAAUACCUACAGGACCUCAAACAUGAGCGCAAAACACACCUGUCUGAUACCAAGAAGGCCCAGCAGACUUUAGAGAGCAGCUUUAAACAACUAGAAAGUACAAAAAAGCGCUUUGCCAAGGAGUGGGCAGAGGCGGAAAAAGCUACACAACAAGCAGAGAAGACAGAGCACGACCCUAAUGCCACUAAACCUGAUGUUGAGAAGGUCAAGCUGCAUGUCCAUAUGCGAAAACACACUGCGGAGGAGUGCAGGACCGAUUAUGCAGCACAGCAUCAGAAGUACAACAAGGACCAGAAGUACUUCUACUACACAGAGAUACCACAGAUCUUGAAUAAACUGCAGGACAUGGAUGAGCGGAGGAUCCGGCGUCUGGCAGAGGGCUACUGUCAGUUUUCAGACAUUGAGAAGAACGUUCUUCCCAUCAUUUCCAAAUGUCUCGAGGGAAUCUCUGCAGCAGGAGCAAAAAUUGAUGAGAAACAGGACUCGAUGCUUUUCAUAGAACAACACAAGUCUGGUUUUGAGCGACCUGGAGACGUGGACUUUGAAGACUUUACCCAGGGUAUCAAAUCUGCAUCCUCAGACUCCAGCCUCCACCCACCAAAAGUUCGCACCAAGCUCUGGCCUUUCAGCAAGAAACACAAGAUAUCACAUGCUGAAAAGCACAUGACACAUGCUGCUGAGGAUUUCUCUCACCUUCCCCCGGAACAGAGGAAGAAGAGGCUGCAGGGAAAGAUUGAUGACAUCAAUAAAGAGCUGCAGAAGGAGCAAGAUCAAAGUGAUGCACUGGUGAAGAUGAAGGGUGUGUAUGAGCAGAACCCACAGCUGGGAGACCCCUCCAGUCUGGAGCCUCAGAUCGCAGAAACUGGGCAGAACCUGGGCCGCCUGAAGGGGGAGCUCGCCAAAUAUGAGACAUGGCUAUCAGAAGCAGUGGGUGGAGAGGAAACCUCCAACACCAUCAACAAUAACAAUCAACACGGGAUUGUAGCGGCUGACCCAAUUCAGAACAUCUACACAGAGUUUGAUGAUGAAUUUGAUGACAUAGAAACUCCCGUUGGCCAGUGCUCUGCCUUGUACAGCUUUGAAGGCAAUAGCGAGGGCACCAUUUCCAUUACGGAGGGAGAGCUGUUGAGUAUAAUGGAGGAGGAUAAAGGAGAUGGAUGGAUGAGAGUCCUUAGAGCCAACGGAGAUGAGGGAUAUAUACCUUCAUCAUAUGUCAAACACACACCUUAACUUCCAUCGCAGCACGUCAUUCAAGAUAAUUGGAGCUAUUCUCUAAAUCUUUUAUUUCAGCCAGUGACCGAUAUGGAGGGAAGAAUGGGAGCGAUUACCAAGGCUGAUUACAGUAUCUUACAAUCUCCGUGGGAUGAGAUUCUGUCUCAAAAAUGCAGAUUAUCUGCCCUGGAUAAUCCUUAUCAAUUUUAGCUCUUAAAACAUGUUUUUAAAAAAAGACAAAACAGUUGAAUGUAUUUCUGAACUAUACGUCACAGAGGCCACAUUCAGACCUUGCGCUGAAAUGUGUACUGAGAUAUCCGAUCACUCAUGGCCCAUGCUAAGCAUGUCUGUUCACACCUGGCAGCAAAAUGUGCACCCAAAUGCAUUUCAGGUGAUCUGAUCUGAAUUCGUCCUGGAAUAUGUUUGGUUUUCAUUGGCGCUGGCCACUUGUGGAAGGAUCUCUCGGGAUAAUUUAAUGCAAAGGCUGCAUGCGGUCGGCAUCAUUGUAGCCUAUGUUUGAUUCUGCUAACCCUUCUGUAUAUGAUACCUGCCCACUUUAACUUUUAAUAACCUGCUGACCUUUUAUUUUUUAUUUUUUCGGGAGUUUUCAUAUUCAAACUACUUUCCUGUUGGAAUUGUGUGAGAUUUUUAUCAUAGUGACUUAGUUUUUAACUGGAUGGAAACCACUACACAGUAGAGUGCUAAAACAACACGACUAUAAAACAGUAAGAGUUAUGGUAAGAGCUGGGUUGACGUUUUUAUGGCUCUUUGAACAGUCAGGUGCCUAUAUGAAGAGUAAGUGUGUAUAUGGUGUAGUAUAAUACUUCUUCCUUCUUUGAACAAUAAAGUAGUCCUUAGUAUGCUUCAAAAAAUGAAAGAGACAAGACAAAGUCCUCUCUCUGAACCAGAAGCAAUGCUUCAGUGUGACAAGUGGUAGUUUUUCUGUUUUAGUGUUUCUGCUUUGCUGCUCAGGAGAGAAUGCUUUCCAAGGAAUCACAAAGCAGUUUCUCUCAAUAAAUUAAAACAUGUCAGGCUGGUAGGUCAUACUGCUAAUACCUCACCUAGUGUCAACUUAGAUUUGGAAUAAACCUCACAUAUAUUGAGGACAGUGUUUUGUUUGCCAUCGCUUUUAGUUGAUGUGCUCUGAGAACAGAAGUCUUUUCAACGUGGAAAAAAAGGGAAUGAAUUACAACCUCUUUCAUUGUUCAUAUAAUGUUAGUACUGUGAAGACAGACUUAUAUACACACUUCAAAUUUUAAAUUAAAAAAAAGUUGGUUGUAAGUGGUUUUGUUUUUUUUUUUUUAAAUAUGGUGAGAGGAAGUG